CUUCAAACGUCAGCCGUGUUGAGAAACCCGUUCUGAGCUGUGAUUGGUCAGAGAUGAAGAGAGAGAGCAGAGGUUUGGGGGGGCGGGGAUGCUGAUGUGAUAAAGAGACAGCAGACAUGAACUUAGAGACACUGAGAGGACAUGGAUCAUCCAACACUGAUGCUGCUGGUGACUCUCUGCAGUUCAGGACUCUGUGCUGAACUCCAUUCAGCAGGUUCAGAGGAAUUCAGGCUGGUGGGAGGAGCCAGCCGCUGCACUGGCAGACUGGAGAGGAAGGUUCUGGAAGAAUGGGAAGAAGAGGUUGAAGACAACAAUAAUCUGAAGUGGAACUUGGAGCGUGUGGAUCAUGUGUGCAAAUCACUCAACUGUGGAUCUGUGGUGUCUAUGAGGAGAGCUAUAGCAUUUGAUUUUUAUAAAAUUAAUUUGGAGAUCAUCUGUUCAGACUCCAUCAGGCUGGUGAACCAUCUGUGCUCAGGCAGGCUGGAGGUGAUGCUGAACGGCUCGUGGUCCUCAGUGAAUGAAGAUGACUUUGACCAGCAGGAUGCAGAGGUGGUCUGUAGGGAGCUGGGAUGUGGGCCUCCAUCAGGCCUCCAGGGGGCGCUCUAUGGAGAAACAGAGGCUCCAGAGUGGAGCAGAGAGUUCCUCUGUGAAGGUCAUGAGUCUGCUUUACUCGACUGUAAAAGUAGCAGUUCAUCUCAGAAGUUCUGUUCUUCUGGUAAAGCUGUGGAGCUCACCUGUUCAGGCCGUUUAAGGUUGGUGGGAACGACCAGCCGCUGUGCUGGAGUUCUGGAAAUGUUGAACCACAGAGAGUGGAGACCAGUGUAUGACAUGUAUUCCCAUUGGGACCAUGAAGCAGCAACUGCAGUGUGUUCACGGCUGGGUUGUGGUUUUGCUGUGUUCCAAGACAUCACAAACAAUUCCACUCAGAGAAAUGUGUGGAGGAUCAGUUUCUCCUGUUUGAAGUCACUUUCUAAUGCCUGUUUCUACACUGAUGGAAAUAGAAAGACCGACUCCGGACUGGAGGUGUCAUGUUCAGAUUCCCUGGAAAGUCCAAACAUCUCCGUCUCUUCCAGCAGUGGGGUCUCCAAGGCUAGAAAUCAGGGGUUGCAGGUCUUCUUUGGUACCAGUUUCAGCAUCAUUUGCUCCUCCCAUCAUCUGUACCAAGGCGGGAUCUUCCAGCUCAUCUUCAACAACUCCACCACAACUCUGAACAACACCCUGCCGGCUGUCAAUAACUCCGCCCUCUUCUCAUUCUUGGAGGCGAGCCACGCCCACCAAGGAGAUUACAUCUGUGUUCACCACGUCCACAUCAACUCCCAAAACCUGACGCUCCAAAGCCAGCAGCUGAGUCUGACUGUUUUAGUUUCAGUUUCUCUGACUGAAUUCAUCAUCAGACAUGUUGUGGUCCUGCUGAUCAUGGUGGUUUCAACAUCUGCCCUCUACGUCUACUUUAAGACCAAGAGCAGGCGGAUGCAGGAACCCAAGAGAAACCGUCCUGUUGAUGAUGGUCCAGCUCUGAGGCCAAGAGAGAGGAGGAGACUGCAGGAGAACUGAAAACACACACUCAGCAUUUCAGGAAAUGAGGUUUCUGAAGUGGAGACGAUUAUCAUUUGAUUACAGUUGGAAAAAAUGUUAAAGUCUGUUAAAAUCAAAGUAUUUCUGAUCUAUAAAAUCCAGUCUGCAGUAAAAUGUUCCACACA